AUGAGAGCCGUUCGAUUCCAUGGCCGAGAAGAUAUCCGCGUUGACGAAAUCGAGGAACCCCUUUGUGGUGACGGUCAGAUCAAGAUUCGCCCUGCUUUUGUGGGAAUAUGUGGAACUGAUCUUCAUGAAUAUCUUACUGGUCCAUCUACUGUCCCUACUGUUCCACAUCCACUUACCGGGGACAAGCUGCCGACAACUUUGGGUCAUGAAUUUUGCGGUACCGUAGAAGAGAUUGGCGCAGGUGUCACAGGACUUCAGGUCGGUGACCGGGUUGCCGUCAAGCCCAAUCUAUUUGAUGGCACAUGCUCAACGUGUAUAAGGGGCAGGUUCAAUUCCUGUGAGAAUCUGGGAUUCAUCGGGUAUAGCAGUCAGGUAGGAGGACUCUCUGACCAUGUAGUCGUGGACAAAAAGAAUGCCAUCCCACUACCAGACUCCAUCCCUCUUGACAUAGGAGCUUUGGUGGAACCUCUUGCCGUUGCAUGGCAUGCCGUCAGCCGCAGUCCUCUGCAGGCGAAUGACACGGUACUUGUGGUCGGGACUGGACCAAUAGGCCUGGCUAUAAUCCAGGUACUGAAGGCUAAAGGUAUCACAUCAAUAAUUGCUGUGGAGGUAUCCGAGCGACGACGGGAGCUUGCCCUAUCUAUGGGCGCCACUGAAGCUCUUGAUUCUGUAGGGAUUAAUGGAGUUGCGCACGUACAUGCCUUGACAGGAAAUUCAGGUGCAGAUGUUGCAUUCGAGUGCUCCGGGGUCCAAGCUGGGCUUGAUACUGCCAUGGGUGGUUUGCGGGUGCGUGGCACGACGGUCAUCGUGUCGCUUUGGGAACAAAAGCCGGUCAUUGAUGCUUUUGCCAUUGUGCUUCAGGAGAAGCAUGUGACGGGGGCUGCAAUUUACGAUGAUGGGGACUUUGAGUCUGUAAUCAAUGCAAUUUCUUCUGGCGACAUUAAGCCAAGUUCUAUGAUUACUAGUAAGAUCCGAAUGGAGGAAGUGGAUGAAAAGGGAUUCAGGGCUCUCAUCGAGGAGAGGGAUAAGCAUGUGAAGAUAUUGGUCGACAUUUCUGCAUGA